AUGGAAUCUUCUAAAAAUAAAGGAAAAUCGAAGAAGACGACGGGAAAAGGAAACGCCAUGGAUUUCGACGGAGACGUAGCUCUCGAUGAAGCUUCCUUUUCAAACCGGCCUUUCAAGAAAGUCAAGAGCCCCGACCGCCGCCAGAAUUCAUCAUCAUCAUCAUCUUGGACGCCUCCGCCGCUUCUACCCGCAAUGAAUUUUCCGCCACCGUAUUUCCCCUUCUCGACGGAGAAUCUGCCGCAAUUGGGGUCGAAUCCGACCCCAAUGCUCCGGCCGCAGCACCAGAUGAUCUCAUUCUCGCCGCAUUACCAGCAAAACACGGCGUUCCCGCCGUAUUUUGCUGGGGAGGCGGCUGCCGGCACGCCUUCCCAGCAGCAGCUCCAGCUGCUGCAGUACUGGAGCGACACGCUCCAUCUGAGCCCAAGGGGGCGGACGAUGAUGCUGAGCCACCUCGAGCAGCACGGGCGGGCAGCGCUGUACCGCCCGCCCGCGAUGCCCCUCUCGGCGACGAAGCUCUACCGGGGCGUGCGGCAGCGCCACUGGGGCAAGUGGGUCGCGGAGAUCCGCCUCCCGCGCAACCGCACGCGCCUCUGGCUCGGCACGUUCGACACGGCCGAGGACGCCGCCCUCGCGUACGACCGCGAGGCGUUCAAGCUCCGCGGCGAGAACGCGAGGCUCAACUUCCCCGACCUGUUCCUAGGGAAGUCGGCGCCCCAGCCAGUAGUAGCGACGGACGAUGAAGAGAAUUCCUCAUUGUCUGUCGCUGGACCUGAUCCGCCGCUAAUGCUAGUAGCGGCGGAUGAGGCAGAGGAAGAGCCCCCGCCUUCUGGUCCAGCAGAAGGCGGGGGCAAUGCGGAUGGCGCGAGACCGCCAUCGUCAGAGCUUGUGUGGGACGACUUGCCUGAAGCAUGGUUCGACACGGUUCCGGCGGGGUGGGGCCCGGGGAGCGCGGUGUGGGACCAUUUGGAUUCGAAUAAUAAUUUGAUGCCACCUCCAAAACUUCCUCCAUUUGAGUAUAUUAAGCAUCAAGACUCUGAAAACCAAUCAGAUGCACAGAAACAGAACAACAGAGAUUCUUCAUCAUCAUCAUCUUCUUCUUCCCAUCCCUUCUUUAGGAACUAA